AUGGACUUCAGGAAAGCACCAUCUAGUGAUCUCUUUGAUGAAAUUCUUGUCAUGACUCCCAUCUAUCAGCAUUUCCUGGCUUUGGAAUUUACAAUCAAGGAGAUCAAUGAAGAUCCUCAGAUUUUACCCAACCUCACCUUGGGAUUUCACAUCUAUAAUAGUUAUUUUAGUGCAAGUUGGACCUAUCAUGCAUCACUGGAACUGUUUUCUGCACAAGAUGAAUUCAUUCCUAAUUAUAAUUGUGACAUCCAGAACAGAAUAAUAGCAGUUAUUGGAGGUCCAACCAUUGAAGUCUGCCUACACACAGCUACUAUCCUGUCCCUUUAUAAAGUACCACAGAGAGAGAUAUGCUUUGCAUUUACUGCAAAGUUCCCCGCAAUGACUUAUUUCAACAGCUUUGACGAAUUGAUAAGAGAGGCGGUUGAAAUAUAUAAAGUGGCGAUGACCAGCACAGCGAAUGUAGUGAUAGUUCAUGGUGAAAUGGAUGAUAUGAUUCUUCUGAGAUUUUUUCCAUUGAUAUCCCAAUUCGAAAAAAUGCCAGUAUGGAGAAAAAGUAGAGUGUGGGUUUUAACAGCCCAGAUGGAAUUCACAUCACUUCCUUUGUUAAAGGCUGUAAAAAUUGACUUCCUGCACGGUGCUUUAUCUUUUGCAAUUCACACAGAGGAAGUCUUGGGAUUUCAUGAAUUUCUUCAAAUGAAAAACCCCACCUUGGCAAAAAAAGAUAGCUUUAUUAAGGUCUUCUGGGAAAAUGCAUUUGAAUGCUCGUUUCCUAACUCCAUGACAUCUGAGGAAGACAGGGUCACCUGUACUGGACAAGAGAAACUGGAGACUCUUCCUACAUCUAUAUUUGAAAUGCGUAUGACCAGUCAGAGUUACAACGUCUACAAUGCAGUCUAUGUGGUGGCACAUGCUUUGGGUGAUCUCUUUGCGUCUGUACUGAAUUACAGAGCAGGGAAGCAUGUAACUGAAUUGAACCUCAGGAAGCAAAAACUAUGGGAGCUGAACCACCUUAUGAGAAGGAUCUCAUUCAACAAUAGUGCAGGGGGGAAAGUUUCCUUCAACCAAAAUGGAGAGUUAGAGACUGGAUUUAAUAUUAUAAACUGGAUCACUUUUCCAAACCAAUCUUUCCAGAGGGUCAAAGUUGGAAGACUAGACCCCAGGAAUCCCAGAAAGAAAUGUUCUCCUCUUCUGAGAAAUCUAUUGUGUGGCCAAGCAUAUUUAACCAGGUAA